GUUUUUCAUCGGUUCAUCAUUACGCAAGUAUCCCCUCUCUGAAGAUCCGUUGGUCUGUAAUGGCCGCCUUUGGAGUGGCCGAUCAACCGGGCAAUUACUUUCAAACCGAUUCUUCGUUAGCCGACAACGAUCGCAAACAACGUAAAGCGGCAAAUACUCAAGGAAACCCUGUCAAAUUUUCGACCAAGAUCUUGGCUGUUGGGGUCAAUUACUUCUUCGACUCGAAGGGAGAUGUUGUGUUUGUUGCUGAAGCUGGCGGUUCGGUGACAGGACUGAGGCUGUCUACCAAUGAAUUGUCCAGUACCCCCAGAGGUCCGCAAGGACCUUUGACCAGCCUGGCUUUUCAUGCUACCAAAUCGUCUCAAGACCCGUUUACCACCAUGGACGUCUUUUGCGGUUGCUGGGACAAGUCUGUGUGGAAGUAUACCUUCAGAUUUGCCGAUGGCACCACCCAAGGGCGAACGGUCACAGACAUUACCUCAUUUUCCGCACAUCGAGAUUUUGUCAAAUGUCUGGUGGUCGUUCAGACGCCGGACAAACACGACAUCCUGAUCACAGGUGGCACAGAUGGUGACAUCCGAUUAUGGUCGUUGGAAGGACAGCCUCUUGGAGGAAUCAACCCAAACUGUCGUGGGAUUGAAUCUCUUGUGCUGGAUCCUCUGUCAUCUCCAGACUCUCCAAUUGUCAUGGUGUCCACGUCUAAACAAGAAAUCUUCGCUUUUCCAGUACCUGAAUUGAGCCAGAUUAAGUCGUCCCAGUUACAGCUGCACAGUCCCAUCCUCGCACAUGCUACCAGUGUUUACAAAUUACAUUUCGACGAUGAUGGGGAUCUUUGGACAGCUUCAGCAGAUAUGACGGCCAAGCAGCUGUCCAGAGAUGAAGGCUGGAAUACGGCCAUGACUCUUCAGCAUCCGGAUUUUGUCCGAGAUGUAGUCACUCAUGAUAGAUAUGGCUGGGUCGUCACUGCAUGUCGAGAUGAGGAGAUACGAGUAUGGAACAAGGCGACCAGCGACCUGCACCAUGUGUUUUCUGGGCAUUAUGAGGAGGUCACUGGUUUGGCGUUAUCGGGAGAUCUACUUGUCAGUGUUAGUAUUGAUGCCACUUUGCGGAGAUGGAGUCUUGCCCCGGCCGAUCUUCAGCGGGCAGUGGAAGAGGCUAAGAACCCUAAAUUGUUGGAGGACAACCCAGAACCCAAGAUGGACAUGUCGACGUUGACCGAGGAAGAGGAGGCGGAGUUGCGGGCAUUGAUGGAGUCGGAAGAGCAAGAUGUGCUUGAAAGGAUGGUUCGAGACGAGCAAUGAGAUUACCUAGUAUUUAUUCCUUAGGCCGCUCUA